CUUUAAAUAAUAUUUUCGGUCUAACAUAGAAUAUGGAUAUUUCAACUUUCUGAUUGGAGAAGAAACACACAUGACACAACACAAGAUUAUUCAAUCAAUGAGGCGUCAGUUCCGAGGUGAUUUUUCUGAUUAAUACUUCAUGCAAAAAAUAAACGCACAAUAAUCUCGUUUGUAGUAAAGGACUGUUUGUUUCAAAGAGAAAAGGAAAAAUGGAUUCUAGUGAUCAAUUUGAAAUGCAAGAACCAAGCAUUGAGACAGAUAAACUCAGCUACGAAAUCUUUUCUAUUCUCGAAAGCAAGUUUCUCUUUGGCUACGACGAUCAAAAACUCUGGUUCCCUAAUCUAAUACCUACAACCACAUCUAUUGACUCUCAACAACCGCCAACCGUCGCCGCCGUUGACGGACUCUCCGUCGUUAAGAACCAGCGUGGAAAAAUUUGUAUACUAACAAUCGACGGCGGCGGCAUGCGAGGGAUUCUCCCUGGAAAAGCCCUCGCCUACCUUGAAAACGCUCUGAAGAAAAAAUCCGGUGAUCAGAACGCCAGAAUCGCCGAUUACUUCGACGUCGCAGCCGGUGCUGGCGUUGGAGGUAUCUUUACAGCCAUGCUUUUCGCCACUAAAGAUCAACGCCGACCAAUUUUCUCCGCCGACGACACGUGGAGGUUUUUGGCGGAGCAGGGUAAGAAAUUCUACCGUCAGGGAAACGGAAACGGAAACUCCGGCGGACGUGGAUUCCUUAAGAGACUAUUCGGAGGUUCCAGUUCCGUUUCAGUUGAAAGCGCGACGGCCGGUAUGGAAAAAACCGUUAAAGAAGCUUUUACGGAGGAGAACGGCCGUUGUUUAACUUUGAAAGAUACACUGAAACCGGUUCUGAUACCGUGUUAUGAUUUAUCCAGUACGGCACCGUUUUUGUUCUCACGUGCGGACGCUUUAGAAACGGAUAGCUUCGAUUUUCGUUUAUGGGAGGUUUGCAGAGCAACUUCGGCCGAACCGGGUUUAUUAGAACCGGUUCAAAUGCGGUCCAUUGAUGGACAAACUAAGUGCGUUGCGGUUGAUGGUGGUUUAGCAAUGAGUAACCCAACGGGUGCGGCAAUUACGCACGUGCUUCACAACAAGCAAGAGUUUCCGUUCGUGCGUGGGGUUGAGGAUCUCCUUGUUCUUUCCCUUGGAACUGGUCAACUCUUUGAGGUCAACUAUGAUUAUGAUCAUGUUAAUCGCUGGAAGGCCAAGGAUUGGGCCCGGCCCAUGGCCCGUAUUUCUAGUGAUGCUUCUGCUGACCUUGUUGACCAGGCUGUUGCCAUGGCGUUUGGUCACUGCCGGAGUACCAAUUAUGUUCGCAUUCAGGCAAAUGGGUCAAGUAUGGGGCAAUGUGGAGCCAAUGUGGAUACAGAUGCAAGUCCCAGCAAUGUAAAGAUGUUGAUGGGAAAAGCAGAGGAGAUGUUGAAGCAGGAGAAUGUAGAGUCUGUACUGUUUGGAGGAAAGAAGAUUGGGGAACAGAGUAAUUUCCAGAAACUUGAUUGGCUUGCUGGAGAACUUGUUCAGGAGCAUCAGAGGAGGAGCUGCAGAAUAGCUCCCACUGUUGCUUUCAAACAAGCUACCCCAAAAGCCACCUAAAAGUCCAUACUCAACCCUCUAAACAAUCAACCUACACAAAAUGGGUAAAGAAGGAUGGAUAUAUAGGAGGAAAAGGAAAAACAAGAAGAGGGAAAAAGGAAAAGAAAAAGAAAAAGAAAAGAAGAAUGCAAAAUAGCAGUAGUUUUACUUUUGAAGAUAGACAAGGGUUGUAGGGGGUGUUGAGUGAAAAUGACAAGUGGUGUAAUUAAAAAGGGAGGGAAGAUCUCUGUGGGAUACUUUGCUCACCAGAGGACAGACAUCAUGGUGUCCACUCCACCUUUCAAUUAGGGUAAAGAGACCAAGAAAGAAAAGCAAAGUGUAUCAGUUGAAGCUUUUUAGGGUCAAACAUGAAUCAAGUGCUAUUUUUUUUUUUUUUUUUUAAUUCAGAACACAAAGGGUGGUUAAUUGGAUUACAUUCUUCUGUUCCAUUUUUUUUUUACAAAAUAAUUUGUAAAUCGUCUUUAAUGUUGAAAAGUUUCAUCUCUGUUCCAAAUAAACUUUUUAGAUGGUGGGUUACCUUAUAAAAAAA